AUGGGGACAACUUCAGCCGUCAAAGAUGGCAGAAGACUCAAUUCCUCAAGAUAUUUCUCAUGGCUUCUAGUUAAGUCUUUAAAGCGUUUUAGAUGUGUUUCGAAAUUUCAUAAUUCAAUUGUGUUGGAACCAAAUUUUGUGGAUCUCCAUUUAUCCAAUUAUUCUAAGAUCAAUCGUGGUGAUACUAAGUUGAUUGCAUGCGUAGACGACAUUUGUUACGCUAUAGAAGAUCAUCAUGAUGAAGAAGAUGGAAAUGCCACCAAGUAUCAUCAAAUUGACAAUUUUAGAAACAUAUAUGGUAUUUGCAUUAGUGGGAUUAUCUAUCGGGUUAGCCUUGAUCCGGACUAUAGUAUAGUUGCGUUUGAUGUAAAAUCAGAAAUUUUCACAAGUAUCACAAUGUCGAUUGAAUUAUGUCGUAGUUUUAGCGAUUGUGACAAUAUGCUAAUAGAAGUGAAUGGAAAAUUAGGAAUGAUGAAAUAUUCAGAUUAUUUGCUUGAUUACGAGAUUUAUCUAUGGGUUUUUGAAGAAGACGAAGAAUGGAAACAUGAGAUACUUCAUUUUCCUUUAGAAAGAGAACCUAAUGAGUUUUACUUUGAUCCGUUUAUGAUUCGCAAGUAUGGUGCUGAAGAAAUUGUAUUUGCAAUACACAUAACAUGGAGAAGUCAUGAUGAUGUUUUGGCUUUUUAUAUUUAUGAUAUGAAGAAUAAGAGUUGGAGACAUUUUGAGGUUCAAAAAUUUCCUGGCAAGAUUGAACGUAUUUUUACUUAUAGUGAAACUCUCUUCUCUCCAAAAUAUUGGCAGUGUUCAUCACCAAGUAUAACUACAACAUGACGAUUAUAUUUGAAUUAUAUAUUGCUUUUAUAUGUAAAAGGUUAUAGUGGAUAGCUAGAUUGUAAU